AGGAAGGACAAAUCAUGUUGAUUUACCAAUGCUUCCAAAAGGGGAAUGGCCAAAAUGGUGCAGGACCUGCGGUGGAAGUGGACUCAGUAAUUGCUCUCGUUGUCUUGGCACCGGAGAGUACAGGUAUAUAAUGGGCUUUCAUUUUAUGAAGAUGGAUACAAAUCACACCCAAGAUGAUGAAAAUUAUCGUGUUCAUGAUGACUCUGGAACUUGUAGUGCAGUAGACAUACAUCUUAAGGACGAACAGUUUAAUUCUAGCCAUGAAAGGUGAAUAUUUCGUGACAGUUUGAUUUCAAAAUCUUCUACCAAAAUGCUCUUGAUUUUGUAUUGUGAAUUGGUAUACUUUUGGAUGGAGAUUCUACUCCAUAUCCAACACGGAUAAAAGCUGG